UACAUAUAUAUAGCUGAACAUCAAGCAGAUUCGUUAAGCUUUAGCUCCUUAGCUAGAGCUUUCUCUCAGACGCGCGCUAACUCGCUCCUGUCUGUUCAAGAGCACAUAUAUAAGGGAUGCCACAAACUCUGCAUAAAUACCGUGCGCCGGCCGGGACUAGAGACUAGCCAGAGAGCGAGCUGCAAGAGUUGGACGUAGAAGUAGAUGAUAAUUAACCGGGCCUCAGCUCAUCCUGCUGGUUAAUUUGGAUUUGUUGACCUGAUCUUUCCUGAUAUACCGAUGAUGGUGGUGAAGCGAUCGCCGUCGUCAAGAGACGACAUGCCUACGCCGGACAAAUCGGUGGUGGGGGAGAAGAUGAAGACGUGCAAGAGCAGCUGGGAGGAGUCGAAGCUGCUGUGGCACAUCGCGUUCCCGGCCAUCCUCACGGCCGUGUUCCAGUUCUCCAUCGGCUUCGUCACCGUCGGCUUCGCCGGCCACAUCGGCGAGGCCGAGCUCGCCGCCGUCACCGUCGUCGAGAACGUCAUCGAGGGCUUCUCCUACGGAGUGCUGCUUGGCAUGGGCAGCGCGCUGGAGACGCUGUGCGGGCAGGCGGUGGGCGCGGGGCAGGCGGACAUGCUGGGCGUCUACAUCCAGCGCUCCUGGAUCAUCUGCGGCGCCACGGCGCUCUUCCUCUCCCCGACCUACAUCUUCACGGCCCGCAUCCUUCGCGCGCUCCACCAGCCGGCCGACAUCUCCGCCGUGGCCGGCAGCUACACGCGGUGGGUGCUCCCUCAGCUCUUCGCCUACGCCGCCAACUUCCCGCUGCAGAAGUUCUUCCAGGCGCAGAGCAAAGUCUGGGCCAUGACCUUCAUCUCCGGCGCCUCCCUGGCGCUCCACGUCGCGCUCAACUACGUCUUCGUCACCAGGCUCGGCCACGGCCUCUUCGGCGCCGCCAUGGUCGGCAACGCCACCUGGUGCGUCAUCAUCGUCGCGCAGCUUGGGUACCUGGUCUCCGGGUGCUUUCCGGAGGCGUGGAAAGGGUUCUCGGUUCUCGCGUUUCGCAACCUCGCCGCCUUCGUCAGGCUCUCGCUCGCCUCCGCUGUCAUGCUCUGCUUGGAGCUGUGGUACUACACUGCAGUGCUCAUCCUUGUGGGCCUCCUGAAGAAUGCACAGCUCCAGGUUGACGUCAUGUCAGUUUGCAUCAAUUACCAGCUCUGGACCCUGAUGGUGGCACUAGGCUUCAAUGCUGCAGUCAGCGUUAGGGUGUCAAACGAGCUGGGCGCCAACAGGCCCAAGGCGGCCAAAUUCUCGGUGGUCAUGGCGGUGUCGACCUCCGCUGCCAUCGGGGCUGUCUUCCUGGCCGUCUUCCUCAUCUGGAGGACUGAGCUGCCGCGAUUCUUCAGCAACAACAACGAGGUGGUGAGCGAAGCUGCCAAGCUGGGCUUCCUUCUAGCAGCAACAAUCUUCCUCAACAGCAUACAGCCGGUGCUCUCAGGUGUGGCCAUAGGAGCAGGGUGGCAGUCGCUUGUGGCAUUCAUAAACAUUGGGUGCUAUUACUUGGUUGGCAUCCCACUGGGAGUCAUCUUUGGCUUCAAGCUAAAACUUGGUGCAUUGGGGAUUUGGGUGGGCAUGUCGAUUGGCACGCUGCUGCAGACUGCUGUACUUCUCAUAAUUUGCUUCAGAACUAAGUGGGAGAAACAGGCUAUGUUGGCCGAAGAGAGGAUCAGGGAGUGGGGGGGAAGGAGCGACACAUUGCCCGCGACGACUACGGUAGCAUAGAUCGAUGAUCAGCUUAGAUAGUUCCUUCAUGCAAAUUGGACAGCGUAUUUAACACAGAGCGGUAGAUUUAUAGAGUUAAUUAAUCUGUACAGAUUGAUCCAAUGUACCUUGACUUUAUAGUUGGGGAAAUACUUUGGUUUCUGGGCAACCCCUCUCAAAUGUUCAAACUGAGCUUUAAGAGGCUGUUGGCCUGUUGGGUUUUCAUGGCAACCCCACGCCUUUACAUAGUCUGACAACCUUUCAAUGUCUUUGCAAGUGUUCAAAACACCA